AUGUUAAAUGAUGCUAUUGUAGAAUCUAAUUUGGUGCUAAAUAACGAUUCCAACUAUGAUACUGGAGUUGCAUUAUCUGUGGACGAUGUAUUGUUGGUCGACGUGGAAGGACUGGCGUUCCGAUUUAAUUCUAACGGACAGCUCAGGUGGACUAGUAGACUUGCUAACAAAUUAAUUUCGUUUAAAUUUCAUGCCUAUAAACACCCGAAGUUCACAGGCCAUAGAAGAUAUCUCUCACCUACAAUUGAUGGACGUGUUUGCUAUGUGGAUGAGACGAGACCUCCUGUUUGCCUUCCUAUUACAGUAAAAGAUAUAGUCAACUUCACUCCAUUUACCACCCCUCUUCUGCCCUCUGUUUAUCUCGUUGGUAAUAGGAAUUCGACCAUAUUAUCAGCAUCUAUUGAAUCUUCUGGCACAUUAGAUCCAUCAAACAAUUUGAAUGUGACAUUUGAUGCAAUUAAUUCAACAUCAAACUCACAAAGACUUUCAAAUAGUGGAGCCAACGUUAAGACAAUUGAAAGUGAAAAGUGCUUAGUGGAUAGGUUAAAAAUACCAUUCGCACAUCAUUUAGAAGAUUGCACGUUGGAAUUAUGUGCUGGAGAUUUAGAUGACCAAUCCACUUCGAAUGACGGAAAACUUGGAGAACAUUUUGAUGGAUUUUCAGGUGCAAAUUUAGGGCUAAUUAAUCAAGAUGUGCAGGAUCAUUCUAUUCAAACUAUACCACAAAAUAUAGAUAAUUUAAGAGAUGAAACUGAGCAGCUACUGAUCAGUACCAUCAGGUGGACCGUUGACGCCUUCGACAUGGGCACCCAUGUCAAGCUCUGGAGUUUCACCUGGACUGAGAUAGAUGGAUUGAAGGGUUCUCCAGAUAAUAUCAAGGACAAUAUUACUGAUAAUGCUAUAAACAUAGAUGCCAGUGUUAACGAUAGUGGAUUGGCUUCCACUGAACUUGUGGCAGAUUCAGCGGAAACUAAUUUGAUAAAUUACGGAUAUGAAAAUAAAGCCAUUGAUUCAAAAUUCAUCCUCAUUGACAAAAAAGCUGUAGUUCACACGGCGUCUGGUACUAGAAUAAUUAACUUCCCCUUCACUUUGGCAUCAUCGUAUAAAAUUGAAAAAAUAUCCAAUACACACGGAAACUACCGCAGAGAUUACACCAUCUCACUCAUCAAAUUUGCAGAGACAAAUGAUGAACGUGCUUCUAACGCUAAUCCCAUAACAAAUAUCGCAAACCCUGAAACCAAGAAUACUUACUUACCAGCGUUGUUGCAAAUCACCUCGAUUGCUCUUAUCAAUGAUUCCACUGAGCCUGUGGAUACCUGGUUCUUCAAAUUACCAGCAAACAUAAGUUAUGAAUCAGAUAAAACAGGAAUUGUCAAAACUUUUACCGACAGUACCGGUAAAAGGAUUAUAUAUAGUGAUUAUAUUCCCGAAGAUAUUUUGGAGUAUAUCAGAAUGGCACUUCCACCCCUUGAUUAUGUGGCGUGGGCCUGGUUCUGCCUCAUUAUCGCAUACCUCACGAUCAAGAAUAACAAGCUUAGUGAAGAAGUCACAGAAUUUGAUAACGCUAUCGCACAAGAUAAAGAUGAUUUGCGCAUAUCAAAAUCUGAAACAAAUGCCGCCACGAGUAUUGUGACUUACGGACAGACACUAAACAUAUCAUUCUUGGAAAACGGUCGCUUUAGCCGCACUUUUAGCUGCGAGAGAUUAUUAGGCAGAGGAGGUUUUGGAGCUGUAUAUCGUGCAAAACAUAGAUUGGAACCGGGCAACCCAGAAUAUGCCAUCAAAUUCGUAAUGUUGCGCGUCAAAGACACUAAAGAUUUAACAAGCAGACGCUGUUUUAGGGAAGUAGCAGCCAAUCGAGAUAUUUACAGCAAAUACGUCGUACGUUACUACACUUGGUGGUGUGAGAACCUGUCAUAUUUACCUUUGACAGACAAAGUAGAUGAAAGGAAUGAGUACGAGGAGAUUUACCAGCUUAUGAAACGUAACGCCUUGUUCAGCAAUACUGGUAAAUCCAUAGGUCUAUCCCUUGAUAUACAAGCUCCCACUCAAGAUUCAUUGAUUCUGUUUGAUUCAGACUCUGAUUCUGAUGAUUCUGAACUGGACGAUAUUGACCACACACGUGAGAAGAAAUUGUCAUUCGAUUCUUCAAAAUUUAAAUCUGAAAAGACCGAUCCAAACAAAUAUUUGACAGAUAAAAUUGUACCUGAGAGGCUGUCGUUGCAACAAAUACGCCCAUACGAGCCAUAUGAUCUGUAUGACAUAGAUCAAAAUACAGAGAAGAGGCGUUUAAAAAAGGGAAAACCACCUGAAACAUUGAAUCAGAGUUUACAGAUAGUGCUGGUUAUUCAAAUGGAAUUAUGCAAAGGCUGCACUUUGAGACAGUGGUUAGAUUGCCCAUCUAGACCUACUACAGAUGCAUCCAGUGUUUUGGAAAAAAGAAUCGAACUGCAUCUUUUCAUCCAACUUGUUAAGGGACUGAGGGAUAUACAUGAGAGGGGCUUCAUACACCGAGAUAUCAAACCAGAGAACAUUUUUGUUGACCCCGAAAGUUGCCACUUAAAAAUAGGCGAUUUUGGUUUGGUUGGUUUCAUGGAGGACAAGGCAGCCACAGCAGUAUUUACCCUUGAUUCGCCCAGUUCUUUACCAAUUACUUCUGAUAGAGGCACGACUGGUAAAAAAUCUGGAGCCAUGGAUUCGCUAGAGAGCAGUCAAGUGUCUAUGAAAGGGCAUGUCAUUGGAACUCCCGAAUACGCAGCUCCUGAAGGGGGUGCUUCUUGCACAGAUAAGGCUGAUAUUUACUCCGCGUCACUAAUACUGCUGGAGAUGCUUUGUCCCAGGUUUACGACAAUUAUGGAACGAGUGGCAACGCUUGAGGGAUUUAGACGAUCAAAAUUUGUUCCCAAUUACAUUGUGCAACAUAUGAAUGUGUGGUAUCAACUGAUGACUUCAAUGAGCGAUGUAAAUCCCAAGUCUCGCCCUUCGGCUAAAGAGUUAUAUCGUAAAAUAAGAAGUCUACAACAUCACGCUUCAGCAUCAUAA